AUGCCCUCACUUGUCCCAGUCACUGCAAACUCUAGGACCAUUAUCCCUUUGAAUGGGCCCACCUCUGAUGUGCCUCAAAUUGGAUUCGCCAGUUAUCAGAGUAUAGGGUCCAACUAUGGUUUGUAUGGAAGUUAUAACCAGCCGCAGACCAUUGGCAGCAAUCACCGAGGUAUCAACGAGAGGCUGAGAAUAAUAAUGGCAUUAAAAUCGGGGAUACCUUCGGAGGUUGAUUGGGCAUUGAUGAGCUUAGCAAGAAACUCCAUCCAGCCGUACUUGCAAUUUGAAGAGGAGACAUUUAUAGCCCAUGAGUUGAUCAAGUAUUUGUUCAGACCAUUCCAGCUAAUACAUGACAAAAAGUAUGAAUUGGUAGAUCAGAGCAUGAUUACUCACAGCUUGGACGCACUAUUGACUUUGCGGAACUCUGUCCAAGACUUGAGUAACCAACAAUGGUUGUCUCAAAUUCCUAGUUUUAAGAAACAAGUGAUUGACAUUUUGAAAAUCUUGUCAGGUUGGUUCUUCCAAGCGGGAAAACAAAUCAAGGAAUUAGUCAAUUUUGAGGACCAGUUUUCCGAGGCUUUGACAUAUAUAAUCGACUUGUUGGAACCUUUGACGUGCUACUACAUAAACAACACCAAGAAUGAUGUACUCUUUAAUACGUUAUUCCCAAUACUACUUGCGACAGCUGAUAAAAAUUUGUUCAUAAACACCUUGAAAUGCAUUUCCCACUUACUUAUUACGUGGCACAAGAAUGCCAAAGGCUCUGAUGAAGAAGACGAUGGCGUUGACAACGAGGAUCAAACUUUGGACCCAAAUGAUGAUGAUGAUACCAAAGUCACUAAUAAUUGUGUUGAUGCUAUAACAGACCAGCAGUUGGAGCACAUAGUCAAUACUUUACUAGUCGGUGAUAAUGACUUGAACAAUACAGUUUUGGACUUUUUAAAGAUGUACCUUUUCUCGGAAGCUUUGCAUAAUGAUUAUCCCAAUUCAGUUAAAGACUCGCAAAUAUUAAGAUUAAAGAACUUGUUACAAUUAUCUACUACAAAGGCCAACUACGAAACUUUGAUUAAACAGCUCCCUCUAUUGCUCGUUUCAAACCUUGCAUUAACAGAGCCCAUGGAACCGCAGCCUGUCCCAAACACGUUUCUCACAAGACGUACCCAACACUCGAAUGCCCCGAUAGCUGCGCCAGAACUAACCAAAGAUUUGUACAGGAUUAUGCUUCAAUUCCCAGAACCAGCAAGAGCAACCACAUGGUUGCAUUGUUGUUAUGAGCCAACAACAGGCGAGGAAGUUGAAGUGACACAGAUUUCGAUUUGGAAGUCUUAUGAAACUCAGUUUCAAGAAAUCUGGAAACUUGAUGGAAGAGACCGCAAUCCCAAUUUACAUCCAUUAUUGCCUGCUGUAGACUUUAUCAAAAAUGUUACCAAGGCAUUUCCCAAUGCAGAGGCAAAAGUAUUGAGUGUCCACACAGAAGGAGAAGAACAACCAAAGAAGAAGUUUAUCAUCCAAGGAAUCCAACCUAGGCAAUUCCCUGUUAAUAUAGAGACUGGAAACUACGAAGCAUUGAAGUCAUAUGCAGAGAUCUCCCAGCAUGAAGGUUCAACUUCGGUACCAAUUGGCCAUUUUGAUUCGAGGGGAUUUGAAAACUUUGUCACUUCUCAAAUGGAAGUUUACCUAAGUGAGGACAACAAAGUAUCCCAAUCACAAUUGAGCUCAAUCAACGAGUCAAGUCGAGAUAUUUUGGAGUAUGUCAUUCAAGAAGUUUUGGAAAAGGAACAUGACCAUGAUCAUGUAGCGUCCAACCUUUUUCGAUUACACAAUAGCUAUUGGCUACCAGAUUUGGUUUAUGCCAACCCAUCUUUAGUUGAGACCGGAAUAGUCAACGGCAAAUGGCUAAAGUAUCUUUUAUAG